AUGGCUAGGAAACGAGGAUUGGCAUCUAUUAAGGCCAUCACGGGUGAGCGGAUGGAAAUGUUCCAUCGGGCACUCGAUGGUUACAUAUCCAAGGGUUUCUGUGCUAUCGUCAAGGAUAAUCGCCUCGACCCAUCUAAGCCAGAAGCAUCUACGUGCCAAUCUGUCUGGGAGAAGCUGAGUAAGGGCACCCCUUAUCAAGGGUCACUCGCCCCUCUGCCAGAGCACUUCACAGCUAGUCAUCUAGUCUACCGAGACCAACAUCCAACUACGCCUUGCCGUAUAGUCUUAGACUAUAGAGAGGCAAAUCUAUACUCUCUAAGAGGCGGUUAUCCACAGAAUAGUCUACAUGGUACUCUACUCUUAUUGAGGUCAUCUAAGUACUUCGUUGCCGGUGAUUUGAGUAAAGCAUUCUGUAGAAUGCAAUCUAGCCGUGCAGACGUACCCUAUGUGGGGUAUACCUGUAUUGGACCUUUCACGGUCCUAUGGUCACGUGUUGGAUUUGGAACUAGGGCGGCACCUAAUAUGUUGGAUAGUGUUGUGGAUGAUACCAUCGACGAGAUCUACGACUUGAGUCAUCUAGCGGCUGAAAUCGAUGGAGACACUUUCGAAGUCGCUGUGAAAAGUAUCGACCCAGGAAGGAUCAAGAGUGUAUUACUCUAUCCUUCGGAAGAAGGCUAUGACUAUCUAUACGACGGUCCACCUAUACCGAGCCACGUGAAGAUGCUAAAGUUCGUUGAUGACAUCUACGCUUUAGGAUCUACAGUUGCUGAAGCUCAACGCAACUACCGAUUUGUAUCAUACCUACUCAAAGGGCAUGAUCUACCCGCUGAAGACCUGAAGAAGUUCGAGAACUGGAUCUGCAAAUCUGUAGCGGGUAUCGAGACACGUGGACAUCUAUUAGGGUACGACUAUCUACCGUCUAACGAUGGCCUCUAUCCCACGAUGUCUGCUAAGCCACCUGAGGGCCUUACAUAUAUGAGCAAGCGCUCAUCUAGUAGCAUCCUGGCUUCUCUCUAUGAUCCAUUGGGUCUAAUCAUAGAACAGGAUAUUCGAGCUAGAUCUAUAUGGCGGCGAAUCUGCCAGGAGAUCAAAGAGUGGGAUCAAAUGAUCCCCUAUCAGUUACAGCAGCGGGUUGUUAGAUGGGCCUCCGAAACUACCCAAAUGCAUCUAAGGAUGCUUGGGGCGCCGAUCUACGAUUAA